AUGGCGACUGUGUACCGCGCGCGACCCCUUCGCGCACGAGUGACGUCAUCCUUCUGGAGCCGGGAGCUCUGCGAGGAUUUUGACUGUGAAUUGAGGCAGUGUGCCGUGUCUCCUCAGAUCAACGAGAGUGACCUGCGGCGCUUCUUCUCCCAGCACGGAGUGGUGAAGGAGGUGAAGAUCAUCAGCGACCGCGCGGGAGUGUCCAAGGGGUACGGCUUUGUGACGUUCGAGACGCAGGAGGACGCUCUGAAGAUACUGCGCGAUUGUGAUAAACUCAACUUCGGGGACAAGAGGCUGAUUAUUGGCCAGGCCAUCCGCCGGCAACAUGUGGUCCCUCACUCAGACUGCGGGUUGCUGGCACCUGGCGUCAUCCCUGAGGACCCCUUGUGUCACCCCCUGGACUCCGUGCACCUGACCACGUCCACCGGGUACCCCUACACCUUCCACAACGGGGUGGCCUACUUCCAUGUGCCCGAGGUGGGCGCUGUGCAGCCCCCUUGGCCUGUGAGUCCAGCGCAGCCGCUGCCUAUCUGGCAGCCGCAGUCCCUGUCGGCCUCUCCAGUGAUGGUGACCCACCAGGCCCAGGCGGUUCUGCCGCAGGCUCCCUGUCAGCACUAUCAGGCUCCAGCGCAGUGCGUCCCGGGACACUGGCCGUGGAGCCCCCCUCAGGCCCAGUCCACAGCGCCAGCUGGCCAGUUGGUUUAUGUGCCCUCCUCUGGGGUGCGGUACUGCCCUGUGGACCUGGCGCCCCCUGAAGGAGGCUACGCCCACCCGGCUCUGUCCAUACAGGAGGCCGCAGUCCCUCAGGCUCCUCAGGGACAGAGGCCGCACCCGGGAAGAAGGCGGCAGUGCCACCCCUCCUCCGUCGCUCCCAGGCCACGGCACGCCCGCAGCCCCCCCUUUAAGCCUUGGCACCAGGAGCGCCGCGCCGACGCCCCGAGGGCGCCCCCCUUGCCCAGCGCGGGCCUGUCCGAGUAGGCGGGGGGCAGGGGCGCUGGAGUCCCCCCCCACCCCCGAUCCCGGUGAGCCGGAGCCCCUCGGUUCUCUCUCCGUCUCGGAGCGCCGGACAGCCGAUCUGGAGGCGGAGAGGGUGACCCCGCGCCGCGUGCUGUAGGCACUGUGGGAACGCGACCCGCGUUGCGGCGCCCCGGACGGUGAUCCCGAGCUGCGGCCAGCCCAGUGUCCGCUCGGGGACGGCAGCAGGCGGACUCGCAGUCUCCCCACACCUGUAGAUUUGUAGUACUGUUUUGACAGAAGUGAAGGUUUGUUUGUUUUUUUUUAAUCUGAUGUAUCCGUAGGAACUUUUUUUUACAGCCACUGGAGUUAACAACUACAACUUUUCCCUCACGUUUUGCAAGACCUGUAAGUUCCCUGGGUGGUGAUUUGCGCGAUGAGAAUUUGAGUUCGUGUGAAGCUAGAACCGGACUGACCUCUCUCUGGUAUUCCGGCGCGUGGGAGGCUUCCCCGCUACGCCGUGUGUCUCGGGAGGAUUCGGCUGUGCCCGCGGGCCAGUGCUGCACUCGUGCCCACAGUUCACCGACUGUGUCGCCCUGUCUGUCAAGUGUACUUGGCUUCACCCCGCGGGAGAACAUACAGAACAGCACUCCCUAGUGGGCCCCUUGCUAUGAGACUUGGGAUGACGCACUAUAGUAGAGGAAAGGGACUGCAACAAUACCACCCCCUCCCAGGUGGCGCUGCACACCUGUUAAAGACAGGAACCAGGCUCGAACCUGCAACAGCAGGGCCACGGUGCACAUUCUGCACUGGUCGAGCCUCUCUGCAAUCCCCUUUGACUUUUGGCUUAAAUAUAGAACGGUCAGGUUUUUCUAUUUUUGGUGUCACCCUCCCGGUUUGGGCAGACUCCUCCGACCCGACCACCCUCGGGGGCCUGUGGGGGUCAGAGGGCCCUGGCUGACUCAUCCCACCCUGCCCUAGGCAUCGCUCAGUCAGUGACCGGACCCCGGCUCGAACCCGUGAUCACAGGGCUCCUGUGCUGGCUGAGCCAGUCAGUAGGCCCCAUGUGCAUCACGCUCUUGCUCCAUGUUGCAGGCUGGGAGAUAAUAAGCAGUGGAAGGCUGCAGUUGCGUACAUGCUUAAUAUCCAGACUUGACGUGGCAGGUAUCUUGAGAGCAGAAGUCUUGUGGUUUUUGUGUGUGUGGGCUUGUGUGUUCUGGAGCUACAGCUUAUAAUGUGGAGCGGAGCUCGGGGCUUACAGUCUGGACCUCAUACAAGACGUGCAGGAAACCAGUCCUUCCGAAAGAAGUUGGCUUGCGUUUGGGAGCGAGGAAGCGCGCUUCUUGGCUCGGGCGCGGAGGUCAGUCUGGGCUGUAUGACCGGUCCCAGGCCAGGCCGUGGCAGAGUUGGCAUCGUGACAGUGUAGAGUCCACAGAAGAGAACAGAUGAACAGCGAAGUGGCCAGGGCCAUGCAUGGUUACAGAAUAAGCAGUUGCUCUUUGAAACUUUACAGCUUCUUUAUAUCAAGGAUCUUAGAUUUUUUCAAUGCUGUGUAUACCGUAUAGUAUCCUGCGUUGUCAGUGUUAAGUUUCUGUCACAUGGACAUGCUUUUAAUUUGACUUCAGCCAAUUAUGUUUCCCUGUUUAAAACACUGUCUGCCUCUGCCAAUGACGAAGCAAGGCCCAGCUGGUUUUCGGUUCCCAUGCCCUGUGCAGUCUGCAAGAGAUGCUGAUCCCGUUAAUUGAGGUUUGGGUGUUCGAUUGCAUAUCUUAAUAUGCUUCAGUUGAGGUGCAAUUUCUAAACCCGACUUAAAAAGUGUCCCCAGAAUCAUGGUGCUUUAACACACACACUCACCUGAUGAUAAACACUUUGAAAAAGAAAAACGACACAAAAAGUCAGAAAAUUAAAAAAAAUAGCGCCCCUUUAGUGCAGUGAGGUACAAGAAUGGUCAUCUGAACUCUGCUAAAGUGUUGAAUCCUGUUAUGAUAGCCUGGCACAUGGUUUUUCGAGAGAGAAACACCCUCUCUCCUUUUCGAGACCUGCUCAGAGGGGACAGAGCCAGGACAGAGUGAAACCGCUCUGUGUGGGGCUUCUGGGAGCAAAGUCAAGAGGCUGAAAGCAUGUCUGUGUGUUUGCUUGGGGAAGACUGUCCACAAGUGCUUCUGUCUCAACACAGGGACGGUCACCACACCUGAAAAAAUAGAUCGUUUUUUUACAAAGUACCAGAACUUGACCUGCAUUACUUUUGAGUUCAUCUUAACGAGGAAUGUGUGGGGGAAGAGGUUUUUUAUAAAUGGAAUGAACAGAUUUUUAUUAAUUUCUCUCUUAACCACUAAACAAUACCCUGUGCUCCAACACCAGGGUGAAUCAGCCCUUCGGAGGAGCGCGUGUCUUUUGUAGGUGUUUAAUAAGUGUGCACUUGUUGAUGAGUGUCAGCUGUGCAGCGCUCCUGGCCCAUAACUGAACUGGUGAAAUUCGUGAUCUGUGUUUUGUACAUACAUUGCAGAUAAACUAUUAUUUUAUUCAGUAUUGAUUCAUGUAAGACGUUUUGAAGCAAUUAGAAGGUAUGCUGGGAUAUUGAACAGGGAACUGUCCUUGAAGAAGAAUAUCUUCACCAUGUGGUCAUGGGCAGCACAUUUCAUACACUAUCCUUGUGUGGAAAGAGCAUUUUUUCCCAAAUUCUCAGACAUUAAACAAAAUUGCAGUUUCCUUUUUUCUUGUUCAUUGUUCAUGUUGUCGUUUCUCACAGCCCUCCCUUCCAAUAAAAAAUCUGAAAGAAAAUCAGGCUGAUCGAUGCAUGUAAAAGUCUGAUCAUGGACAAGGAAUAAAAUCCUGGAAACUGAACGAUUCAGGUCACCGUUUAAACAAAUCAGGGUAUUUUGUAAAGUGAGUUAAUUUCAUUGGCACAUCUGUCUCUGUACAUUUUUUUUAUUUUAACAGAAAACUAGCUCUUUUCAUUGAAGUGGCUUUGUGAUAUGUACGUAUUUAAAAAUACAUAGUUCGAAUAAAUAGCUUUUGACAUU